AUGGCUGAUCGCGAAGACCAGGCCGCCGAGUCCGGUGAAGCUGACGUGGAGAUGGGCACCAUGGAGGAGGUGCAAGAGGGGGAAGAUGAAAAGGUCGAAGGGGAAGAAGCAGGAAAUGACACCCUGGUCGCCAACGGCAACACCUCGUCCAAUCCCCAAACUAUGUUCCUCGAAUACCUCAAGUCCCCCAUUGUCCAGCUUAUUGUGGGCGCCGGCGACGACGAAACUACCUUAACUGCCCACAAGGCCAUCCUCUCCAAAUCCCCCUACUUCAGCGAAAUACUCUCGGCCCUUGACGACGACGCUCUCGUUGUUGAGCUGCCGGACGAGUCGUUAGAUGCAGUUGGCUGUUUCCUCCAAUACCAAUAUACCGGCGAAUACUUCCCUCGACGUCUUGCAGACUCGCCUGAUGGACUGGAGCCUGAUCCUUCAGUCCCAGCCAUAGACAGCACCGGCGCACAGCUGCUCAAACAUGCUCGCGUCUACACAUUGGCGCAGAAGCUUGGAUUGCCCGACCUCAAGACUCUGGCGCAUUCCAAGAUACAUCGCAUCAACUCCACCGCUGUUGGGGAGAUUGCAUACGCACGCUUUGUCUAUGGCAAUACGCCGGCAGACGAUGUAACAAUCCGCAAACCCGUCGCUGCGUUCUGGGCCACCCGAUCCCACGUUUUGCGCCACGAAGCCGAGGACGAAUUCAAGGCAAUGUGUUUGGAAUAUCCACAGUUUGGCUUUGACGUUCUGAGUUUAGUGCUAGACCAGCGAGAGAAGAGAGCGAGAGAACGAGAGGAGGAAGGCACCCCGGGGGGAACCAAAGGCAGGAAGAGGAUGCGCCCAAGCGUCAACAUUUAA